CGUGAUUGUGGGAGAUCGUGAAUUUCUAUUCCUCCACUAUGUUCUAUCCAAAAUCCCUCACAAAAUUUUAAUUUGUCGAAACUAUCUCUGUCUAUUACUUUCUCGAAUUUUAUUCCUGUCUUGUCUAGAAUGUAACCUCUGCAGCUCCUUAGCCGGCGGAUGUUAUGAUGAAUUCUCACGUGGUUUCCAGUGACAAUUUUGCUGAUCAUCCUUCAUGAAUAUUAUGUUCCAUUCAAUCAUUUAUUAAACUAAAGGCCAAUUCAAGCUUCAUCCCGGUUCGCAGAAUCAUUCAAUAUCUACAACCAAGGAGAUCGAAGUGCAGUGUGCCCUGAAUACAUAAUUUAACUAUUAUCACCUUUCUUUUUAAAUUUUAGGAGCCUCUCACUCAGUCAUUCGUCAUAGUCGUCAAUUGAAUGCCUAUUCAUCACAGGAAAAUUGUGCUUCAUGUUCUGCAUCACACACCGUAAGAAGAAAAAUCAAGAAUCAAGAAAGAAGCACAGGUUCAACAUAAGAAAGGCGCAAUGCCCAGUGAACUUCUAUAUUCGCCCUCCACGAUUCUAAAUCCUGUUGUCUGAAGAUAUUGGGCUUUUUUCUAGAUUGUUGUAAAGUUUUGCCUUGCUCCUCAACUCCAAUCAAAAUUUAGAAUGUGCUCCAUCUUCCAUUCUUGUUCUACAAAAUUUUUAUUUACAGGUACUCUAAAACAGCGAGUUCUGAGUGUUGUCUCUAUCUCUCUUCGAAGCAAAUCAGAUUAUCCUGAAGUAGUAACAGACUAUGGGAAGCUCCGAGGUGCAAUCUCAACGUCAAGGAAUGGAAGAAAAUUUCUGAGUUUUUCUGGAAUUCCAUAUGCCGAGGCACCUGUUGGCUCUCUAAGAUUUAAGCCACCUGUUCCUUGCAAAGGCUGGGAAGGGACAAGAGAUGCUACAAAGGAAGGAAACGUUGCUGUCCAAGCUAGUCUAGCGUCCAAGAAAAUUUUUGGAGAUGAAGAUUGUCUUUUUGCAAACAUUUAUACCCCAGAGUGUGAUGGGCCACUGAAACCUGUCCUCGUUUGGAUUCACGAAGGUGCAUUCGUAGUUGGAUCAGGCAGUGCUUUACUUUAUGGCGCUCAUUUUUUCAUGGACUAUGACAUAGUCUUAGUAACAUUCAACUAUCGACUUGGUGUUUUAGGGUUUUUGAAUUUAGAUUUAGAAGAUGCUGCGGGGAACAUGGGGAUGAAAGAUCAAGUCCUGCUUUUGAAGUGGGUCCAGAAAGAGAUUAAAAACUUCGGUGGAGACUCAAAUAAUGUCACACUUGGUGGAAGUAGCGCUGGUGGUGCGUGCGUCCAUCAUCACAUGAUAUCUCCUAUGUCCAGAGGCCUAUUUCACAAGGCAAUCGCUCAAAGUGGAACACUUCCUGGCGAGUGGGCGUUUAUGAAACAUCAUCAGAAGAUUGGCCUUGAUCUUGGGAAGCAUCUAAGCUUUGAUGCUAAAAACAAAGAAGAAUUGCUCAAGCACCUAAUGACGGUACCUGCUAAACAGCUUAUUGAAGUCCAAGACUGUAGUGUCUCUCAAGAGAAACACUUCAAAGGAAAUGAUUUUGCCUUUUUACCCAGUUUAGAGACGGUAGGAAGUGAUAGGUUUGUCUCCUCUGAUCCUCAUGAAUUGAUUGUCAGCAAGAACCCCAUGGACAUACCUUUUCUGACAGGUGUCAACUUGAACGAUGGAUUUCUCAUCCUACAAACCAUCAAAGAAUGGCCGCAUAUGAUCAAAACAUUAAAUACCGAUUUGAGAUUUUUGUUUGAAGACCUAGUAUUCCCUCCAUCUUUGACAUCCGAAGAAAUUACCAAGCUGGCAAGUAGGAUUAGAAGACACUAUUUCGGAGAGGAAACUAUCGAAUACCCAAAACAUUUUCAUGAGCUGGUAGAUCUUUACGGGACACUCAUAGUACAAUUUCCUGCUAUUCUUACGCUUUAUCAUCUCAAGAACAAACCACGAAAGAGCCCAAUUUUUUUCUACAAAUUCUCCGUGGACACACCUUUUGGAUGGUACACACAACUGCUCAUCAAAAGGGGACUCUUAGAACCGGGAAAAAGAGGAGCCGCUCAUUGUGACGAGCUUGGGUAUUUGUUCAGUUGUGCCAUGAAUGCUGAAAAACCUCUAGAAAGUGGAUCUCUGGCAGAUAUGACAAUUUCAAGGAUGACAAAAAUGUGGACAAAUUUUGCUGUAACUGGAGAUCCCAGUGCAGACAUCAAAUGGAAGCCCACGUUUUCCACGGAGUAUGAAAAACCCAUGGGGUUGAAGAUUGGAGAAGAAUUAGUCUUUGAACCUAUCAAGGAAUUUGACCUCCUUUCGACUUUCAAAGAAUUAGUCCGACUUCCAAAGUAAUGUGCAAAAAAGGAUCUCUCAACCUUUCAACAGUGCAGCCAUAGGAGGUUACUGGUUGGGAAUUAGCAAGCAAAGAAGAUGAAGGGACACAAUAAAAUCAUCAACUUCGAGGACCAGAAAAUUGGGCGUGGAUUUUGUCAUGAAAAAAUUGUGAAGAUCACUGCGGGCUCCAUAUUAAUUAGACCAGAAACUUUUACUUUUUUAAUGAUACUGAUAAGUGAGGUUUUUGGCCCAAUAUCUUUCAAGUUACAAGGAAAUGAAACAACAAGUUUUAUCUGUUUUGUGUGUGUUAUUCAGUGUGUUUUCCUAGUUAACUUGUGUGAUAAAGUCAUAGAUAAUUAGGUGUUUCUCUCUUGUAUUUAUGUUUUGUUUUGUUUUCUGUUUUUAUUCAGUAUUUGUUAAAUAUAUAAUUGUAUUUUUUCUUCAGUU